GAUCUUUGUUGAUAUUCUAACCUAGUGAAGAUAUUAAAAUAAUGUGAUGAACAAAAAAAAAAAACAGAUAAGGUGGAGAAGUAAGAGACCUUCAUGAGUUUUCUACAAAUUUAUGAGUUUUUUUUAACGUAUAAAUGAAAAAUGAAACUAAAAGACAUUUUUCCUUUGUCGGUAGCAAAAUGAUAAGUUUAUGUGGCUUCUUUUACCAACAUCACGAUCACACGCUGCCCUCAGCAGAAGAAAACAACAAUCAUUUGAAGCACGAUGACGUCAUGUACCACCAUUUCUCAAAACCGUCUCCGUGGUCUGCCCUCAAUGCAGACGGCCGAUCACCGAGAAACUUGGGGCAAAAAAGUCGAUUUUCUUUUGUCAGUCAUCGGAUUUGCCGUUGACUUGGCUAAUGUUUGGAGGUUUCCUUAUUUAUGCUUUAAAAAUGGAGGGGGUGCAUUUUUAGUUCCUUAUUGUAUUAUGUUGGUAGUUGGAGGAAUACCCUUAUUUUAUAUGGAACUGGCAUUAGGACAGUAUAAUCGGAAAGGUGCUAUAACUUGCUGGGGACGAUUAUGCCCACUUUUUAAAGGAAUUGGUUAUGCAGUGGUAAUAAUAGCAUUCUACGUAGACUUCUACUACAACGUGAUCAUAGCAUGGGCCCUCAGAUUCUUUUUUGCUUCGUUCACCGAUAUGCUUCCAUGGACAACAUGCGAUAAUGAAUGGAAUACACCGAAUUGUAAACCAGCAGGAUUCAACUUUCGAAACCUAAAAAAUUUGACUUAUGGAUUAAGUAACACCUCUACCUAUUCCUCAUCAUCUGCAGAGUAUUUUAAUCGAGCAAUUCUGGAACUCCACAGGAGUGAAGGGCUUCAUGACCUAGGAGCCAUUAAAUGGGAUACAGCUCUCUGCCUUUUUACGGUUUACAUUAUUUGCUAUUUUUCAUUAUGGAAAGGCAUUUCCACUUCUGGCAAGGUAGUGUGGUUUACUGCUCUGUUUCCUUAUGCAGUACUCCUUAUUUUGUUCGUCCGGGGAAUUACCUUGCCAGGAUCGGCCGAAGGGAUUAGGUAUUAUUUACAACCGAACUUUACCGUUAUUUCAUCUGCAGAAGUUUGGGUCGAUGCAGCAACCCAAGUAUUUUUCUCAUUAGGUCCAGGUUUUGGAGUUCUUUUAGCGUAUGCUUCGUACAAUGAGUAUCACAAUAAUGUUUAUAAGGAUGCACUUCUAACCAGCUUUAUAAACUCGGCAACAAGCUUCGUGUCUGGUUUUGUGAUUUUUUCAGUGUUGGGUUAUAUGGCUCACGAAGCAGGUAGGCCGAUUACCGAAGUAGCAACAGAGGGGCCUGGGUUAGUUUUUAUCGUUUAUCCUGAAGCUAUUGCUACGAUGCCCGGGAGCAUUUUCUGGGCAUUAAUUUUCUUUAUGAUGUUGCUCACUUUGGGACUGGAUAGUUCGUUUGGAGGAUCAGAAGCAAUUAUAACAGCUCUCAGCGAUGAAUUUCCAAAAAUAGGACGCCAUCGUGAAAUUUUCGUAGCUUGCCUGUUCACUCUUUAUUUCUGUGUAGGACUGGCCUCUUGCUCACAGGGGGGCUUUUACUUCUUUCAACUUUUAGACAGAUAUGCUGCUGGCUACUCUAUGCUUAUUGCUGUCUUUUUUGAGGCUGUUGUUGUAUCCUGGAUAUAUGGUACAAAAAGGUUCUGCAGUGAUAUCGAAGACAUGAUCGGGUUCCCUCCUGGGAUCUACUGGAGGUUCUGCUGGAAAUUUGCUGCACCAGUAUUUCUUCUUUUUAUAAUAUUUUAUGGGCUAUGGUUUUAUGAGCCUUUAAGAUACGAAGAUUAUACUUAUCCCACGUGGGCCAAUGCUUUAGGUUGGGCAAUUACCGGAUCUUCAGUCAUCAUGAUCCCGGGAGUUGCUCUUAUUCAGUUUUUGAUAACACCUGGAUGUUUUGCCAAGAGGUUAAAGAAACUAACCACUCCGUGGCAAGAUACACAAGUCAGCGCGAAUGUGAUCAGCCAAACCAAUGGGAUGGUGCAAUCAGAAAGUACGCAGGUUAGACUGUCAACGCCAGCAGAAACACCGACAGAUCAAAAACCUGUCGAAGUGUGAGAUAAGAAACUGUCGAAAUUUACAGAGUAUUACGUUUGAUUACUUUAAUUUAAUCCUUUAUUUGCAAGGAGUCUUAAACCUUGUUUCAUUUAGUUACAUAGUAUAGGCAUGUUUGGGGCAUUUUCUAAGUAAAGCAAGCAUUUUUUUAAAACUAGUCUGGUUGACGUUCUAAAAAAAAUAUGUACAUACAUAGUCGCCUUGUAACAGAAAGCAAGGAAAUUUUUUAUUUUCAUUUUAGGCCCAUCUACUAAGUAAAGAGCUUCAAAAAUGCCUGUACAAAUUAAAAUAUAUGUAAAUAGACCUAAAUAUAGGUAGUUCAAAAGUUAGUAUCUAUAUAUAUAAUAGGUAUAUCAAAAAGUCAGCGUUACCUGUCUUAUUUGUCGUUACCACUAAAAAGUUCUCAGUUAAAGUACAAAUUAGUCUAAGCCAGAUGCGUAAGCUCCAAUUCGAUUUAUAUUUAGAUUAUAUGUGGCAUCCAGAUUAUUAUCAGGUACCAGAGCAUCCCAUAUUUUAGUAGGUAUGUAAACAUAGGUUCGUACGAGAAUUAUCAUUAUUCCAUUUAUUCAUAUCGUUAGUUUCGAUUUAUUCGUAUAUUGUUUAUUAUUUUAUUCGUUACUAAAUACUCGUCAUCUUGUGGUUUGUCUGAGACCACUUUAUCGAGGUCACAAAGAUCGGUGUCGGACUUUUGCAUCUUGGUUAGAGUAAUUUGUAGUCGAGGCAUUUUAAUUUUUUAACAAUUUAACAGGCUUUAAAUUUGCCGAAACCUAAAUAUGGAGUAACUGAGCAAUACAUCUAAUACACCAAACGAAACCCUUUUUAAUACUUCACCAAAGCAUAAGAACGUUAUUCUGCCCCCUUAAUAUACUAGUGCAGCUUGAUAGAAGUUUCAUAGGAAAUCGCGUGUAGUUAAUACCUGUGUUGUUGCAGAGGAGUACAAUAGAGAACUACAAGAGGCUUACUUGACUGAAGUAAUAACAUAUUUUAUUCAUCAGUAGUUACAACAGAGGUUUUAUCGGUUUCAAUGCUCCCCAUGGUGAUUCCAUUGUUAGAAGCUGGUCCUCUUUUUAGGUGGUUAAGAACCUGUAUUUCUUUUGCUUUAACAGCUUUCACACUUCCAAAUUACCUUCCUUCAACACCAACUUAUCUUUGGAAAGCUUAAAACAGUCUCAGUGGAUAAAUUUGGGUGACUAUGAUGACCGACUGUGGUGUAGACAACUGAGAAUAGACUAGUGCAUUGUCUUGAUGAAGAAUUCAGAACUUGGUCUUCCAAACAUCAGUUCCUCUCACAAACUCACAUAUAACCAUUAGAACCUCGAUGUAGAAAACUUGAUUGGCCAUCUUAUCCUACUCUUAUUGGGGAGCUCUUUUUAGGCUCUUUUAAGGCAUAGAUGGCCUUUCUGUUUUGGGAUUGCAAAUCAAAACUACGAACUGAGCAAUUUCAAGGAGAGUCGUCUUUAUCAAAUAACUGUCUCUCAAUAUUUAGAUGAUUUAAUUUCGAAAGGUCAAUCUAUUAGGUAAAUUAACCCUACAAAUCGGCGACUGAUCAAAUUUUAGAAUUUGCUGAAUUUUACUUCAUACGUCUUGCAGUGGGGAAGUAUUGUAAAUCUUUUUUGUGAAUUAUUGCUUCCCUUAAAUUAUUAUGUUAUUCUAUUAGAGGAUCUAUGAAAUUAUUUUAAAGGCGUCUUCCCAUCCAUCUUCAAAUAAUUGAAUCAGUCGCUAGAUUCAAGCUAUGAUUAAUCUUGCUUCUAAUUUACAGCUGCCACUACGACUGCCUCAUAAUUAUUGAAAGAUUUCAAGUGACUUGAAGCAAACAAACUUACAUGUUUAUCACCGAUAAUUUCCUAGAAAGUAGGGACUUCACAUUAAUACAAUGUGUAAACAUGUAAACCGAUAAAAAAGCUUCUUUUAGAUUACUCGAAGUGAUCUGAAGUUGCUAUUUCACCUGUCAUCAGGUUGAUGGUGAUGGUUUACCCUUGCUUGCGCGGAUUGGGAUGUCUAAUGGAUCCCAAUCUGCGUCACUCUUUAUCCAGUCCAUACAUUGUUUCUUUAGUCAUCUACUUUCUUUUAAAAAUGUGCCUAAAAUCAGUCGGUUCACGCCAGAUAAUACCGAUGGCAUCGUCGUGUCCGUAUGAGUUUAAGAAGGCUCGAACUCAAAAUUAGAAAAGAAGGAAAAGCUUGAAGUAAUGGCGAUUCUAAGCAUUAAUUCUAAUGGUACAAGAACUAUACUGUACUAUAAAAACUGAAAUUUAAGAUAUAAUUCUAACUUUUGCGACAUAUUUUGAUAAAAAAUGUCGAGUGGUGUUUAGCUUGGGUAAAGUAGACAACCAUAAAGAAUAAAUGAAUCUUUCCUUCGAGUACUUCGAACUUCGUACUUUCCUUCGUACUUUCCUUUGAGUACUUCGAGUGACCUUCUUCAGGUACCUGUUUCUGCUCCCUGAGGCUUUUUUAGGUUGAUUUGAGCUGGGUGGGGUAUUGUGAUGGGGUCUGGGUAUUGUGAUACAAAUUGUGACUCGGAAUAUAGUUUAACAUAUUUGGUCAAUCUGAUAAUCUCUACAGAAGCAGAAACGCGUACCUAAAGUUUCCACUCGGCGAAGAAAUUACUCUAAAGUUACAGUUACUUCAAGUACCUGUUUUUGCUCCCUGGUUGACUAUGAUAUUUUAUGCAACGUCUAAAGGAUCUUAGCUUAAAUGGCAUACGUCGUUAUGGAGCAUCAUAGUUGGGUUAGCCUUAAGUAGACACUCUGCAGAUUGCAAAGAAACUGUAAGGAAGAAGGAAAGGAACGUUCUUUUGAAUGACAUAUAUAAUUUAAGUUUACAUCCUUAUUUGAACUUAUCUCUUUUGUCACCAUUCUCUCACAUGUCGAGUAAUGAAUAAAGCAUUUUGCUGACCUUGUGGUAGACCCAAUUUCGGUUGAAGUACACCAAAGAAUUUUUAAAAGAUUCUAUUAAGAUCAUAAUUAGUUUAUCCGAUCAGAGAAACUAUUGUUUGGUUAUUGCUGUUUUGGAACAAAUGCCCCAACAUAAACCCAGCAUAAUUUUUUUUUAAUAAAUAUAACUUAGGAUACAUAUAACAUAGAUGUAUUUAUUUAUUAUUAAAUUAUAUUUAUAUAAUAUUAAACAGCUGUACUAAUAAAGCUUUAAUCCAAAAGUAGAUAAAACAAUUAAUUAGGAUAGCUCUAAUUAAUAUACUUAAUUUAAUGCAUUUAAUUUUAAGUUAGACAUACUUUAAGACUGCCUUCGCUUAAAGUAAGUCUACAAGUUAAAUAUAUUAAAUUCAGAUAGUAGAGAUUUUUUAUAUAGUAACCUAAAUGGUUUACAGGGUCGUUUAAAAGCCAGCAUGUAGCAUAUUUGAACUAACUUGUGUAAUAUGUAAAGAUAAAAGAAGAAAAAUAUGGAUUUAAUUAGCUAAGUAUAUUUUUAGAAGGUAUUGGUAGCAAUAUAUUAUGUGUAUAUCUCGGAAGAUGUUGUAAAAAUACAAUAAUAAUGAGUAGCUGAACCAAGUAAAAUGGUCCUGUAGUGAAUUAUUUAUUACUGCCGUUUUAAAGCAUUUUUAUACUUUUGGACGGUUUUUUUAUAAAAUGCCCACGUGAGAUAAUCAAACAGCCAUUUGAUUAUCUUUACAAGGCUUAUCAAUUAGAUUUAAAAUGAAAUGAAAAUCUUUAUAAUAUACAGGAUUGUACAAAUUCUUUCAGAUGUUAAGGUACUGGAGAUAGCUGAUGUUUAAUUAUGAACAAAACUAUGUUUGGAUAUGAUCAAUAAAUUGUUUUUUUAACAUUUUAAGAAGAUUUGAAAGCAUAUUAUGUUUAUUUCUAUUUCAGUAACAUUAUGCGAUCUUUCAGGCAUUAAAAGGCCUUGAGGAAGGCAUACAUUUUGAAGUAAAUCCUUUUAAUUUAUUCAUCUCAAGACGUUUUUUAUUCCAGCUCUUGCGACAGGAAUUGUGUUUUUGCAUAUAAACCACCAUAUCUAGGUGUAAAAUUUCCUCUCCACCUGAUCAAAUUUGUUAUAGCAAAUCUCCUUUUUUAUGAGAACUGACCUCUUCUUUCUACAAUACUCCAAGGACUUUUAUAACAACGAAUCUGUUAGGAAGCUCUUUACACCUCACGUACUCUUUAAAUGUAGAAGCCAAUCAAAGUCAGACUCAAACAGAAGCCGCUUUUUUUUCACCUCACUACGAAUAGUCCUGUUCGUUAGGCCCCUCAAUAUUAAAUACUUACGCUAUAUUUAAAGCCACUGAUCUAAUACCACCAAUAAAUGCUCUAUAGCCUCACAACGCAUACAAUAAACUGAAGCAAUAUCUUAUAGGGUCUCAAAACUUCUCCCCCCUUUUGAUCCCAAAUAUAAAAUACAAUUUGGUACAAACUCAUAUCCAAGACAAAAUUGAUCAAGGGCUGAUGAUCGAGCAAGAGGCGUGGCUUUAUAGUUCUGGAAUCUCCAGUUACAGGAAAAUAACCUUUAAGAAGUCCAAAAUCUUGUAUUUUUAUCAAUCUUUCUUACCAUUAUACAUUAAUUUCCUUUUCACAGAACUGCCAAGUACUGUUAUCAAUUAAAAUUAAGAGCUCAAUAUCUUGUAAUUGAUAUUCUGUUAAAUAUUGGUAGAACUCACCAGACAUCGAUAAAAUUAAUUGAUGCGGCUUCGAUUCCUGGCAUUUUGUCAUACUGCUAAGGUCAUUCCAACUUAGAAGACUCUUUUAAGAUAUAUAUUUUUUUAAUUUUAUGCUUACUUAUUUUAUCUGCCUUGUCUAAGAUUCGGGAUAAAACGAGUUAUUUUUGCUGAAAUCUAAGGGUCCUAAUAUCCUGUAAAUUGUAUAGCCAAAUAAAUGAUUAUGGAUUUCCAUACAUUAUUUUAUGACCUAUCACAAGCUUUAAACUACCUUAACUGUAGAUAUACUGCUUUGGAAGCUCUACAACUACUCUUUACUAUUAUAGCUGAGGUUAAAAAGUAUAUUAUUCAUCUUGGAAAAGAUUUUCUGCCGAUUGCUUUAUCGUUAUACAGUACAAGCUCGGUAACAUGAACACAAAAAAACAAACCCUAGUUCAUAAUACCGAUUGUUCACAUUAUGGGAUGAGGAUGAUUAUUAUGUUUUUUUUUUGUAAAGAGACUAAAUUAUAAGUUUCAAGCCUUUGUUUAUUUACUUAGUAUGUAUUAUUUAUAAUACCUAUGUAUUAAAAAAUACCUACAAAAUUUAUUUAAAAAAAGAAGUAAUUUUUAAUUGCUUCGUUUUAGAUAUUGUAUUUAUAAUUACAGCUUUUUCAUAAAGUUUUUUAAGGCAUAAAAUGUCGUCAAUAUUAACAAAGUUUUCUUGUGCCCAUUGUAUGUAUAGCUUUAAUGCUUCAAUGGCUUCAGAAUAUCUUAUUUUAGGCUUUGGAUCUUCAAUGACCUGACAGUCGUCUUCUUCUUCCGAAAUAGCAUUAUCAUUUGGAUCAUCAUUAAGGUUAAUGCCAGCAUCAUCCUUAUUCCAUUCAGUGAUAUCGUUUGUCGUAUAUUCAGCCUAUAAUAAAAUUGUAUUUAUAGCAAAGAAUACAGUAGCCUAUUGUAAAAAAAUACCUCGUGAACCUCCCUUAGUAAACUCAGAGUCUCCGAAACAACUUAAUCAGCCUCUUCUCCACAUUAGGAGGCAUAAACAUAGCAAAUAUGUUUCCGGCAUCUGUUUUUAAUGUGUCUGCUGGAGGAUGGGAAGGAGCGUUAUCUAAGAGUAGAAUAGCUUUCAGCUAAAGAUGUUCUUCUUUUAGAUACUGCUUCACCUAAAAUCAUUCAAAAAUGGAAAAUGGAUUUAAUGGUUAUGAAUAAAAUCACUUACUUCUGGAACAAAGUGGUAAAAAACCAAUCCUUAAAUAUCUCUGCAGUCAUCUAUGCGUUUUUGGAAUUUUUAUAAAUGACCGGAUUUCUAAAGUGCUUAAAAUAGCGGGGAUUUUUUGAUUUUCCAAGCACCAGCGGUUUUAAUUUGAAACAACCUGUAGCAUUUGCACAUCCUAAGAAGGUCACCCAUUUUGCAAUUUUCAUUCCUCGAGCCGUUUUUUCAGCAAUCGAAACAUAUGUUUUAUCUGGGAGAAGUUUCCAAUACAACUCCGUUUCAUCGGCAUUAAAAAGUUGAUUUUCCGUUAUUCCAAGCUCAUCAUAACUUUUUUUAAUUGUUCUUUAAACGGCCCAACCAGUUCCGGCUGAGAUGAUAAUUUCUCACCGGAUAUUUUUAGAAAUCAUAUUCCAUUUAAAAUGUUGCAGCCAUCCAUCACUUGCACUAAACUUCAUUGUCGCAGGAUAUACAUUUCCAAAAAUUCUGAUUGCUUUUUGUUUUAAUAUAUCGCUGCUUAUUGAAAGAUUUUUUUCUCUUUGAGUAAGGAACCAUUUGUACAACUGUUUUUCCAUUUCUGGGUACUCACAAGAUUUUAACGUACACUUUUUGUUUGGCCCUAAUGAGUUGGUUACCCUUUCAAGAAUCUUCUCCCUUUUCUUCUUGAUCGAACAAAUUGUUGAUUUAGCAACUCCGUAUUUUCUAGCCAGUAUAGUAACUGAAACACCUUUUCGAUGUUCUUGAAUAAUAUUUGCUUUUUGUUGUAGAGUAAGGGCCUUGUUUUUGACAGUUUUACCCAUUUUGAGAAUCAUGCAAAGAAAGGUUGUUACCGAAUUUAUUACUUAGGCGUUUAAAGUCAACUGAAAAGUGAAGAAUAAAAGCCAUAUAAACGCCGUGAACCAUGCAAACAUGCUACGACAAGUCAAAAACCAGCGAGACAGUCAAAAUAUUACUGGCAUAUUGGCUCAAAAAUCGUUUAAAAACGUAUUGUUUAAUUGUUCACAUUAUCGAGCAGACUUCUGUUCACACUAUAGAGUACCUAAUACAAAAAAUAUUUUAUUCACAAAACCGAGUUGUUCAUAUAUACGAGUAUUUACGCCACCGAGCUUAUACUGUAAUAGAUAUUUGAAAGCUUGGAGUUAGGGUUGAUAGAUAGGUUUAUUUUUCCCUACUUAAAUCUCACCUUAGUUAAAGACUGCCAAUGCUUUGGAAGAACAAGUCGAUUCAGUGAGUAGUUCAACAACAUUUUAUAAUAUUUAGAUGUAUUAACGUUUUGACACCAAUGGUAAAUUCGGUCCAGACCACCCUGCGUUUAGUUAUAUCCGUUCCAUAUUUAUAAUCGAUAUCUACUAUUUCAACUAUUCUUAUUGUUAAAAAAAUCCUUCUUUGUUAACGUGUUAUUAAUUAAUAUAGAUUAAUGAAACCUACUUUCUUACUAAAUAAACAUCAAUUCACAACUUCAGAUGGAUCAUCAGCCAUUGAUCUACUAGUAUUAAUUGAUGCUUCUUGGAUAACUUUCACUUUUCCAUCUUAAAGUCUACUCAAUUUAUAUCAUUCUAAUUAGUACAUAGUCAAAUUUACUAGUUUCAAUAAAACUAGUUUGAUGUAUUGCUUUAAAGGCUCUUCCAUUAGGGCUUUAGCAAAAUAGCAUCCUCCUGGUUCUCUUCUUAUUUUGUGGACCAUUUGUAUUUUGACUGCAAUAGCGUUCAGUUAUUGGACCAAUUGUUUUCUUUUUGCUUUACAUUAAUGGUCUAAUCAGCGUAUAUCUAAUAAUAUACGCUUUAUUUGAAGACGAUAGCAUAUUGGACUAAAUAUCUCUGCACGGACCAUGAGGGCCAUCUAUUAUUCGUUUUAUUCAUACCAACAUAAUUUAUUUUCAGAAAGACAAACUAAUAACUUUCAAGUUAUUUCCUAUAUUGCCAUUGGUGACUGCCAAGUAGAAUCAUAUUCAAACAGAAUUUUUUCAUUUAUAAUUUUUAGAGAGCUUAGGUCCGAGAAGCCCAUUACUGAUCUUGACAUAAAGGUUGUCUACAAAAAUUACUUUUCCCUCGUUACAUAUCACCUCAAGUAUCACCAACUUUACUGAACUGAAGAAAGUAACAUUUUUGAUUAAAAAUUUGCAAGAUCAUCCUCUGCAAAUGAGGAUAAUCUUACCCCUAAAAUUUUUCAAAACUUCAGCCAUUCCAAAGACUAGUUAUUGAUUUAUUAGUAUUAGUUGAUAUAUCUUGCAUAGUUAUUGCAUUUGUAUCUUAAUUCUGCUCUUUCGGGAUCAUUAUAAUUUAGACUAAUUAAAACCUUGACAUGGCCUUAGGCUUCAGAGUAGUGCCAGUUCCUGGUUUCAUUUUAUUUGAAUUUAGAAAUUUCGAAAAGUUUGCAAUCUUUGAAUUUUAAGCAGAUUUCUUUUAUCUGCCUGAUCAAAGCUUAAUGAGACGUGCCUUUCUAAAAUCCAACAAUAUUCUAAGCAGUUCUCAGUUUGGGUUGGGUUGGGUCAAUGGGUUCUAGAGCCACCUACUAUAGGAACCGCAUUGCCAAGGUGAUGGAUUUUCAUAGCGUGUCUAAAGAUUUUAACUGCGUUAACCUAAAGGUACUGCUUUGGAAGCUGUACCACUUUGGCUUUUUGGCUAUCUGCCUGGUUUUCUUCUAGUUUCAAAGUUCAUCAGUAUUCUUACAAGCACAUAUUUUACUUAUAGAACCAUUUACCUAUAGAUCUUCUUUCUUUUUGCUUUAUAUAAAUGAUUUCAGUAAUAUUAAAGGAACCGCACUCUACUUGCAGACAUUCUCUGGCAUAGCCCAAAAUAUGAUUUUCUGCAGAGAACCGUGACAAUAGAUCUUUAGGCGAUGUAUUAUUAGUUUCAGUCAAAUCUAAUAUCAUCAGAAAAUAAAUGAUUUGUCCAAUAUCCAGAUUAAACUAAUGACUUUCAAAAUAUGCCUUAUAUUUUCAACGAUACGUGUUUCGUAAGUCUUAGGGAGCUUAGGUUUAAGGAGCACCAACAAUCUUGAUAAACAGCUCUGUGGAGGUUUUUGCUUUGAAGUUGGAUAUUUGAGAGCUUGGGCCUAUAGUUGGUAGAUUGGUUUACUUUUUCCUAGGUAAUCUCACCUGAAGUAAAUGUUACCAUUCCCUUAAAAGAACUGCUGCAUUCAAUAUGUGGCUGAGGUUAAUAAAUUUGAUCUAGUGUAUAUAAGACUUCCAUUUAUUGAAGUCCAAAAUUAUUAAUGACGCUGAUUAAUUUUUUUUUAACAUCUUCUUUUGUUAGAAACUUAUACUUCUCACAUCAUUUAUUUUAUUGGGAAUAUGCUGCAUGUGCUGAAUAAUCUUAAUCUAGUAGAUUGAUGGUCAUAAAAAAUUGAAAACACCCAGAAUAGGCUGUCUUGAGUGAAGAACAAGAUAUAGCAAAUGUAGAUAAAUAAAAUACUUCUUGAUGGCUUAGAGUAUUCGCCAAAAGGACAUCACCAUGUCGAAUGUCCACCCAUACCCUCAUCCUAAGAUUGGGUUAUUGGAUAUUGACAUCUCGGAAUGAAAAAAAAGUGUUUUGAAUUUUUGGUUAUUUUAAACACAAUCUACUAAAAAUAGCUUUUUGAAGAGGCACAAAACUGAUGUCGGGGAAACAGUUAAUAUAUGAAUCAGCAUUAUCAGCAAUGAGGGAAAUUCUAUCAUCAGCAUAAAAAGAAUUAAGUGUAAUUAGUUCACGGUUUAACAGUUCGACGAUUUUCAAGUAUACGGCUAAGGAGUAAAAAUUAAAAGUGGAAUUAGAUUGGCAAUUUUUUAUAGUAAUACAUUGGUAUAUACUCAAAAUGGAACUCCAUGCUGAAGUUCUGACCUGAGAGACUUAUGCUCCUUAAAUAAACUGCAGACAUUUACUACUACUAUAGUUAAGCCCCUACUACUUGAGAAUUUGGAUCAAAAUACUGGAUUAAAUACCAUCAAAGGCUCUAGCAAAAUUGUAAAAAGUUGCAGAGGAGUCCAAUACUAUCAGUAUUAUUAUAAAUAAUUAUUUCAAAGAGGUCAAGACUGCCUUCAGGAAUCCUUUCAAGCAGGAUGAACUUCUGUUCAUCCUGCUUUUUGUUGAUAUCAAUUUGCGAUAUUAUAAUCUUAAUUCAUCUUAGAGAGUGGUCUUAUUUUAUAAACUCUUUAGAAUUUAUUAAACUCUAAUUUAUUUAAUUUCAUCAGUUCUUUGCAAGUUUGACACUUUUGCAAAUUUUUCUAGAAGUGACUCCAAUGAGCUCUUGUUCGUUUAUUCAUAUUUCUACUACCAGCACGAAUAAUUAAAUUCAUUUUAAACUUAUGAACUAAACUAAGUAUAAUUUAAUAAAGGGAUAUAAAGCAGAAAAACAAAACUAUGGUACAUACCGACAAGUAUUUCUGCUUUUUCACUUCUUUAGGAUAUUUCAACCUUCAUACAUCGAAUUUGUACAUCCCUGUAUAUAUAUGUAUAUAUAUAUUCAUAUAUUUAUUAUUAUUAUUAGAUUAUAUCUAGAAUUCGUAGCCUAGAAUAGAAUUUGUAAGGAGCUAACUAAAUUAAAAAUAUCUAGUUGUGAUAUCUAUCUAUAUUAUAUCUACUGUUAAACCUUUUAUAUUAUUUCCUUAUAGAAAUUGUUUUCAAAAACUUCAGUUUUAUUAAGGUAUACUAACAUUAUUUUAUAAUUAAGU